AUGUCUACUUCACACGAAACAGCUGAAAAGAAUAUUGAGAUCUGGAAGGUCAAGAAAUUGAUCAAAUCUUUAGAAGCAGCAAGAGGUAAUGGUACUUCUAUGAUUUCUUUGGUGAUUCCACCAAAGGGUCAAAUUUCAUUGAUUCAAAAGAUGUUAACAGAUGAAUACGGUACAGCAUCUAACAUUAAGUCUCGUGUUAAUAGAUUAUCUGUCUUAUCAGCAAUUACAUCCACUCAACAAAAAUUGAAAUUAUAUAAUAGUGUUCCUAAGAAUGGGUUAGUGGUUUAUUGUGGUGAUGUUAUAACUGAUGAAGGUAAAGAAAAGAAAUUAAAUAUUGAUUUUGAACCUUUCAAACCAAUUAACACUUCCCUUUACUUGUGUGAUAAUAAAUUCCAUGUUGAGGCAUUAAAUGAAUUAUUAGAAAAUGAUGAUAGAUUUGGUUUCAUCAUUAUGGAUGGUAAUGGUGCCUUAUUUGGUGCAGUUAGUGGGAAUACAAGAGAAGUUUUGCAUAAAUUUACAGUCGAUUUACCAAAGAAGCAUGGUAGAGGGGGUCAAUCGGCUCUUCGUUUCUCUCGUUUAAGAGAAGAAAAGAGACAUAACUACGUUAGAAAAGUUGCAGAAGUAGCAGUUCAGAAUUUCAUUUCUGGCGAUAAAGUAACCGUUAAAGGUUUAAUCUUGGCUGGUUCUGCCGAUUUCAAAACUGAAUUAUCUAAAUCUGAUUUAUUCGAUAAUAGAUUACAAGCAAAGGUUAUUAAAAUCGUUGAUAUUUCUUAUGGGGGUGAAAAUGGUUUCAAUCAAGCAAUUGAAUUAUCAGCUGAAACUUUAGCAAAUGUUAAAUUCGUUCAAGAAAAGAAAUUAUUAAAUGAAUAUUUCGAAGAAAUUUCCCAAGAUACUGGUAAAUUUUGUUACGGUGUUGAAGAUACUUUGAAAGCAUUGGAUUUAGGUGCGUGUGAAACUAUCAUUGUUCACGAAAACUUAAAUAUUGUUAGAUACACAUUAAAAGAUAUUGAAGGAGAGGAAGUAGUGGUGAAUGCUAACCCAGAAUUACCAGAUAAAUCUUGGAAAUUAGACAAAAAGACAGGUACAGAAAUGGAAAUCAUUAAAGAAGAAUCAUUCUUGGAAUGGUUAGCAGAAAACUAUAAGAACUUCGGGGCUGAAUUAGAAUUCGUCACUGAUAAAUCUUCGGAAGGUGCUCAAUUCGUUCAAGGUUUUGGUGGUAUUGGUGCCAUGUUGAGAUAUAAAGUUAACUUUGAACAAUUGGCAGAUGAAUCUGAUGAAGAUGAAUAUUAUGAUGACGAUGAUGACGACUUUAUCUAA